GAUUUUUUGGAUAACUAUUAUUAUCAUUAUUUUAAUAAACUGGACCAAAAACAACUAAGUUAUGUCAAAAUGUUGACAUCCAGUGCUAACCAAUAUCUUAGGCCUGAAUAUCUGCCGCCAAUGCCAUCCACUUUGGACGCAAACAAAAGUCCAUUGGUUUUGUUGGCUAAGACCUGUUCCAGUAUAGGACUGGACUCACCAAACAAUAAACCAUUGAUAUUGUCGGAUACAAAAAAAUCCGAUCACAAUAAUCACGGCUCCGGUGGUAGUGGUGGUGGUAGUAGUGAUCGGAAAAAAAGUAACGGCAGUAGUAGUAGUAGUGGUGGCUCUUCAGCAUCGGUUAACAGUCUAGUCAAUGGCCUGAACACCGAUGACAACAAUAGCAACAAUAGUCUAAGCAAUCAUACCAUUAACGCAUCGACAACGACGGCGCGGACACCGACACCGUCGGGUACGUCAUCGGCGGCAAAGUUGUCGUUCAAACCAUACGAUAUCUCAUCAAACAAUAGCAACAACAACAAGAAGACGACAAAUAAUAAUAAUAAUAAUUAUUUGAUUAAUAGUGACUAUAAUAAUAUCAAUGAUCUAAUGAUCGGCGGCGGAAAACGGACACCCAAUUCGUCGAUGAAAGUGUCGCCGUCACCGAAAAGUGUGGGCAGUAAUCACUCCCGAAGCUCACCGUUGAACAACAACAACAACAGCGGCACCGGUAGCGGUAAAAAUACGCCGUCAAACAACCAUAUGGAUGGUGGCCAUCAUCACAAAAACGGUGGUCAUCUGAACCAUAAACAACAUGAGUCACAUUCGCCGAAAAGUACGUCGUCGUCAUCGAACGGUACACCAAACGGCGGUACCAAACGUCGGACGCCGACACCGACGUCCAGUGCUCUAAGCUAUACGUCAAUAGGUAUGCCUGACAUGCGUUUAGACGGUAUCGGCAAACAUAAGGAACCGUUGCAAUCGUUACAACAAAUGUAUAAAACAAAUCCCUAUUCAAGUACUAAUUGCUGUCCGCCAACGGUAAACGGUUUGCCGCCGCCGUUGACAGUGGACAAGACCGGAGCCUAUCCGUCAAUCUAUCCGCCGCUCAGUGUUUACGGCCGUAUGAAAGCGGCCAACGGUGUCGGCGGACCUGUUGGUCAGCCAAUGAUGCCCAUGUGCGGCGAUCCGUACUGUACGGGCACCUGUCAGCUGUCGGCACUGCAAAAUGCUGCCCUAUUGGCUUCGGCCGCUGCAGCUGCAGCGGCCAACACGUGUUCGCCGGCCACGUGUCCUAACGGGUGCAAUCAAUGCGAUCAUCAGCGACUGAUGUCGUCGCUGGCCUACUCGCAACUGAAUCCCGCACUACUACCCAGUCUGAGUCAAAUGUAUCCGAGUCUAUACCAUCCGGGACUGGCAGCUGUCGCUGCCGCCCAACAACAACACCAUCACCACCAACAGCAACAGCAACAACAACAACAGCAGCAACAACACCAACAACGACAGCAACAACACCAACAACAACAACAACAACACCACAACCAAAGCAAUACAAAUGUCUGCAAUUGGAUAGCCGGCGACCAGCACUGCGGCAAACGAUUUUCGACAUCCGAGGAACUGCUGAAUCAUUUGCGGACACAUACGUCGGCCUCUGCCUCGAGUGUCGACUCGUCGGCGGCCAUCACUAGUGUGCCAUCGAUGAUGUCGUCGUCGGCGUCGCUAAACUCCAGUCUAAGUCUCGCUCAACAUAUGCACUAUUCGACUGCCGGUGCUCUGCAGCCGUCGCCGCUGCCGCCGCCGACAUCGUUGACCUCAGUCGGCAGCGGCGCCGGUGGUGUUGGUGGUCUGCGGCGUACAUAUCCGACUAGUUUGUCGCCGCUGAGCAGCCGAUUUCAUCCGUACAAACCGACAGUGAUUCCCGGUUUGGGUUCAAUGCCUUCCAUAGCCGCUGGCGUUCCCCAGUUGGGCGGCGGCGUCGGCGGCGGUAAUCCACUGCAACAUUCGUCGGCAACAGCGGCGGCCGCACUGAGUAUGUAUUACCCGUACGGACUGUAUUCCGGUAGAAUCGGACCACCCGUUCAUCCCUAACCCAUGGGGACAGACACUUAGAUUAUUAUUAUUAUUAUUAU